AUGGGAAAGAAUUGGAAGAGUGACAAGGCUAAGAUCGGUUAUUUCCAGAUAUUAAAGGAUAAGAGGAAAAUAGCUGUGUUACAAGGCGAACAAGAAGCGCUACUAGCUGACAUUGAAUGUUCAGCGAUGCGAAAUCAUACAAAUGCAGCAGUAGCAAUUCAACAACGAAUUGCUGAAAAAUUCAUAG